CCCUGAAUAAGGAAGUGAAGCAGAGUGAGAGACGGCUGAGUUCAACACAACUCCUGCAGCAAAACAACUCUGGGAAGUAUGGCUUCAAAGUUAGAAGCGGACCUUACCUGUCCUGUGUGCACUGAAAUCUUCAAGGAUCCUGUCAUCCUCUCGUGUAGUCACAAUGCAUGUAAGGCCUGUCUGCAGCAGUUCUGGAAGACCAAAGGAUCCAGAGAAUGUCCAGUCUGCAGGAGGAGAUCAUCAAAAGAUAUCCUGCACCCAAACCUGGCUUUAAGAAAUCUGUGUACAUCAUUUCUAGAGGAGAGAGGGCAGCACCAAGGGCUCUGUCAGACAGGCCUCUGCCAAAAGCACAAGAGGAAACUGGAGCUGUUCUGCAGAGAAGACCAGCAGCUGGUGUGUCUGGUGUGUCGAGACUCAAAGCUGCACAGAGAUCAUCACUUCAGCCCUGCAGAUGAGGCGGCCUCUGAGAGGAAGGAGGAGCUGAAUGUCAAACUGGAUCCUCUGAAGAAGAAGCUGGAGGCUUUUGAGAAAGAAAAACUCACCUGUGAUGAAACAGCUGAACACAUUAAGACUCAAGCUGUGAACACAGAGAGGCAGAUCAAGCUGGAGUUUGAGAAGCUUCACCAGUUUCUACGAGAUGAGGAGGCAGCCAGGAUAGCUGCACUGAGGGAGGAAGAGGAGCAGAAGAGUCAGAUGAUAAAGGAGAAGAUUGAGAAGAUGAGCAGAGAGAUCUCAUCUCUUUCAGACACAAUCAGAGCCAUAGAGGAGGAGAUGGGAGCUGAUGAUGUCACAUUUUUACAGGUGAGACCUGCACGUAUGCACACAGCCCAGUGCAAACUGCAGGAUCCAGAGAGGCUUUCAGGAGCUCUGAUCAAUGUGGCAAAGCACCUGGGCAAUCUGAAGUUCAGAGUCUGGGAGAAGAUGCAGGAGAUUGUUCAAUACACUCCUGUCACUCUGGAUCCCAACACUGCACACCCACGACUCAUCCUGUCUGAGGAUCUGACCAGUGUGAGACGUGGUGAUACGCUCCAGCAGCUUCCUGAUAACCCAGAGAGAUUUGAUAUGAAUAUACGUGUGCUGGGCUCUGAGGGCUUUAACUCAGGGACACACUGCUGGGAUGUGGAGGUUGGGGAGAACACACGGUGGACUGUGGGUGUGAUGACAGAGUCUCUCCAGAGGAAGGGAGACUUCAUCUCCAUGAGUGGGCGGUGGAUUGUGCGGUAUAAAGAUGGUGAAUAUGGAGCACGUGCCUCACCACAGCCCUCCACUCUCCUCACAGUGAACCAGAAACUCCAGAGGAUCAGAGUGCAGCUGGACUGGGACAGAGGAAAGCUGUCAUUCUCUGACCCUGAUACUAACACACACCUACAUACCUUCAGACUCACUUUCACUGAGAGAGUGUUUCCAUACUUUAAUACUGGAACGUUUCCUCUGAGGAUUCUCCCAGUGAAGGCCUCACUCAGAUUAGAGGAGCAAAGUUAAGGUUGAACUUGAAGUGGUCGUCUGCAUCGCAUGAUGAAAUCCCAAUUAUUUCUGUAUCUGUCAAAUCUAUUUCUAUUAAAGGUAACAGGUGAUGAAACAUGGUUGCUAUUCAGUAUGUAACCACUAAUGAUAUGGUUCACUUUCAUGCUGUCUUUGCUUCUGUCAUGGGAAAAGUAAUUUUUCAUA